AUGGCUCUACGCGAGUGGUACGCGGAUCGCGAGCUGCUCCUAACCGGAGUGACCAGUGAUUUCGGACGAGCUCUGCUCGAAAAGAUUCUUCGUUCGUUUCCGAACGCGAAGGUGUACACGGUGCUCAGAUCACGGAACGGCUCGGAUAAAGAGGACAGAAUCAGGAACAUCUUUCUAUCGCCUCGGUUCGAGAGGGUUAGGCAGGAGUUGCCUGAUGCAAUUUCUCGCGUAAAAGCGUUCGAGGGUAAUCUAGUGUACGAUGAACUGGGCACGAUAAAGGAAGAGAGGAAGCUUUUGCAAAACGUCAGCGUGGUGUUGCACGCGGGUGGACCGUGCCAAAAGCUGUUCGAGUUUUGCCAAAAGUUGCCGCGUUUGGAAGUGGCAGCGGUCGUCUCGAGCGUUUUUCAGCAAGAGGGUAGAACGAGCGAAGGGUCGAAUGAUGAGCACGUAGCGGAUGUACCUGUGGCUUUCUUGUGGCUUCCUUUGAUCGGGCCAGCUUAUCGCGAGCCUAUGCCCGGUUUCGUUGAUGUACUUACAGGACCGACUGCCCUGAUUGUAGGAGCGGGUUUCGCCCUUGGCAAGUCUCAGUUACGAGCGGAAAUCAUACCGAUCGAUUUGGCGGUGAACAGUCUGAUCGUUUCUGCUUGGGAACGAGCCACCUUAAAGAACGUUCAAGGGACGCUGGUGUACAACGCGAUCCCCGUCGACUGCACUUGGGCCGAGCUGAUUAAGAAAGGUCGACGAGGCAACCGAAAGUUUACAUAUCCGACUUUUGGACUUCGCGGAAUGACAUCUAUAGCGGAGCUUCACUGGAUUCUGGUGUUGCUGUUUGAAUGGCUGCCAUCCGCAUUCUGCGACACGAUUCUCGGCCAACUCGGGGCAAAGAAGAGGCUUCUCGAGGAGCAACGGAGAGUUCGUAAUGCGCUUCGAUCCCUCGAGUCAAUUUCAUCGAGGUCGUGGUCAGCAGAGAGGAAUCGCUUGUACCUGCUUCACCAACGUCUCAGCUCGGAGGAGCAAGAUGCAUUUCCGGUUGCCGCGGAAAUCGACGUCGAGAGUUACGUUCUGUGCGCGACCGCAGCAGCGAGGAAGUAUUGCGUGGACGAUAGCAAUAUCGGAAUCGUGAAAAUCUUUCGGCUACUUUUCUUCCUUUCUAUCGCCGUCGCUUUUCUCUCCAUGUUUUUCUUUAAUAGAUAUCGAACGUCCGAAACGGUCACGCGACGGGAAAUCGAACAAUUUUAAUCUAUUAACUGU